CAAUCUCAGGCAGGACGUCCCUGAGAACAUCAGCCGCUUUUUCUUUGCUCUUGCUCAGCUAAAUCUAAAAAUGUCCUGGACUCGACCUCUUCUUCUCACCUGUCUGGUUGUUUUGUCCGUCAUCACCUUGUUCCAUGGAGCCGACAGCGCCGCUGUGUCAGAUAAGAAGGCAGCCAAUCCUCAAGGAGCACUGAGAAAGGUCUUCAUGCCAGAGGAAGAUGCUUCCAGCUUCUUCAAACGCAGAGGCAAGAGGGCUGUGAAAACUCAAGAUGAGAUAAACGCUGAACAGAGACAGAGACUGGCCGCAGAUGAGAGAAGGAGGGAGUAUCAUGAGGAACAGAGGAAUGAGUUUGAGAGUAACGCUGAAGAGGAGAAUGACGAGCAAGACGAGCGCUCCAGAGAAAAUACAGAGCAGUGGAGAGAGUUUCACUACGACGGCCUCGACCCAUCUUACGAGUACAACCGACACACGGUGUAAAACAGCGGAUAACUACAACAGAACGGGUAGAGAGCUUUACAGUACUUUACAGUAGAUUUCUGUGAAGGCGUUUCGGCACAAUGUCUGCAGUAAACAUGCACACAAUAGCGCAAAAGAACGUAGCCUUAUAAAUAUGUGUAUUCAUGCAUGCAGAACGUAUGUAAUCCAUGUAUCAUAGUUCUUUAAGAAGGUCUCAUGAAAAUGCGUAUAAAUAGUACGCCAAAUAAAAACGAAAACUCGUGGUAUUG